AUGGCACUGCCUCCCAGUCCCCUGGCCAUGGAAUAUGUCAAUGACUUUGACCUGAUGAAGUUUGAGGUAAAGCGGGAACCCUUGGAGGGGCGAUCUGGCCCCCCGACAGCCUCACUGGGCUCCACACCCUACAGCUCAGUGCCUCCAUCACCCACCUUCAGUGAGCCGGGCAUGGUGGGGGCCACCGAGGGCACCCGGUCAGGCCUGGAGGAGCUGUACUGGCUGGCCACCCUGCAACAGCAGUUGGGGGCUGGGGAGGUGCUGGGUCUGAGUCCUGAGGAGGCCGUGGAGCUGCUGCAGGGUCAGGGCCCAGUCCCUGUUGAAGGGCCCCACACCUACUACCCAGGGAGCCCGGAGGAGACCGGAGCCCAGCAUGCCCAGCUGGCCGAGCGGUUUUCGGACGCGGCGCUGGUGUCGAUGUCUGUGCGGGAGCUAAACCGGCAGCUGCGGGGCUGCGGGCGGGACGAGGCGCUGCGGCUGAAGCAGCGGCGCCGCACGCUGAAGAACCGCGGGUACGCGCAGGCCUGUCGCUCCAAGCGGCUACAACAGCGGCGCGGGCUGGAGGCCGAGCGCGCCCGCCUGGCCGCCCAGCUGGACGCGCUGCGGGCCGAGGUGGCCCGCCUGGCCAGGGAGCGCGACCUCUACAAGGCUCGCUGUGACCGGCUGGCCCCGAGCGGCCCAGCCGGAGGCCACGCCCACUUCUUCCUCUGA